GGGUGGUCCCCGCGUGACGUCAUCCUCACUCUCUGAACUCUAAGGGAGACACUUGACUGAUCCUUCUGCUUUCUCUCUGGACCCAUAGAGUAUUUUACUACUGGGAGCCAGACCUCCUCUACUGAGAAAUAAUCCCACUUUCACACCACUUUAGCUGCCAUGGCUACAUUUUAUGGGACCCUGGGAUUUGUAGUUUGUUAUGUGACCAAAUGUGUCUUCACCGCAGGAGAGGAGAAAGCACCGCAAAAUGGAGGACGUUCAAGAACAACGUUGGACAUGACCAAAUAAAAGCUAAAAACACUCAUAAAAAGGGCUUUUUGUUCAGCAGUAUGGGCAUCCAGGGGUUUAUGAGCUAUGUAGGAGAACACAGGGAGUUCUUUAUUGACUUGCAGCUGAGGAAGACAGAUGUAGUAAUCGAUGGAAAUAACCUGUACCAUCGCCUUUAUUUUGACUCAAAUCUGGAUGUUCGGCAUGGUGGGGAUUAUGACUCUUUCACAGACACUGUACAUCAGUUUUUUGAAACUCUGGCAACGUGCAACAUACAGUCUUAUGUUGUGCUAGAUGGAGGAUGUGAUGUAUCUGACAAAAAGCUUACAACUUUAAAGGAAAGAGCUCGGGAGAAGAUCCAGGCAGCUCAUUCCCUCUCCUGCGGUGGUGGAGGGAGUGUAUUGCCUUUGCUCAUCAGAGAAGUCUUCAAACAGAUCUUAGCUAAAUUACAAGUCCCUUUUGUCCAGUCUUUUUCGGAAGCGGACAGGGACAUUGUGUCAUUAGCCAAUCACUUGAAUUGCCCGGUAUUGACAUUAGAUAGUGACUUCUGCAUAUUUGAUCUCAAAGCAGGCUAUUGUCCUCUGAAUUACUUUCAGUGGAGAAACCCUUGCAGAGGCAAAAGCUUGCAAGACUGCUACAUCCCAGCAAGGUGUUUCUCAUUAGAAAGAUUUUGUAACCAUUUCAGCAACAUGAAUAAAACUCUCUUACCUCUUUUUGCAGUAAUGACUGGCAAUGAUUACAUUAAUCUGCCAGCUAUAGAAAUGUUCCUUAGCAAGGUACACCUUCCUGUUGGAAGCUCCAGGCAGAAGGGAAGAAAGCACAUCCGCAUUCAGGGGCUGCUGAACUGGCUGUCGCGUUUUGCUGAUCCUGCUGAGGCAAUAGAAAAUAUACUGAAGCAUCUGAAAAAGCAUGAAGAAGAGGAAACAAGGCAGCUCCUUGCUACUUUCAUGGAGGAGUAUCAACCCUCAGAGGUUAAUCUCAAAGAUUUUUUUCAGAAUGGAGUUUAUGAAUGCGAGGAAGCAAAGAAAUUAGAAUUACCUCAUUGGAUUCUUACUGCUUUAGCUAAAGGCCUUUUGGCUCCAUUUAUUAGUGAUGCCCUAGUGUUAAAAAGAACAAUCCUUCAUGUUCAGGUGGAAAAUAUGCAGAGGCCUAGUGCUCAUGCUAUAGCUCUGCCAAUUCGACAAGUCAUCUACGGUUUACUUUGCAAUGCUUCAGAAGGGUCUCUCAGUACUUCACAGAGCAAAGAGCCUGAUUCAUCCACUCCUCUUUUCCAUGAAUUUGACAGGAUUCAAAAAGCACUCAAGAAAUCAUUUGUUUCAGCAGCAGUAUUGUCUGGAAAAUUUGUGGGUGACCGGUAUUCUUUGACUACAUUAAAUCAGGUUCCCUUAACAGACCGCCUACAGUUUUUGUUAGAGGCAUUAGGAGUGACAGCAAGUAUUCUUGAAGCAAUUCCUUGUCUCCUGCAGCUCCCUGUUGCUGUAACCUGUUACUGGAUACGACAUUCAGAACCCAAAGUGAAGUUACAACACAUGAAGGCUUUACUCCUUGGAAUAGUAUUUGGUGAAUUAGAUAAGAUCGUACAUAGUUCAGACUCUGAGGUUCCACAUGCUGAAGUCGAUAAAAUUGUGUAUGACCAGUUCUUGAAGUGGAAGGAAAAGAAAUCGCAAAAGGAAGCAUUGGAGUUAGAUGCUGCACACAUUUUUUGCCAGUGGCAGUGCUGUCUGCAAAUGGGAUUGUAUCUCAACCAGCUACUUUGUAGCCCUCUCCCUGACCCAGAUCUGACACGGCUUUACAAUGGGACCCUGGUGCACAGAUUGUAUCAUGAACUUAAAUUAGCAUCCGCACCAGAGGACUUGCUCAGUGCAACACCAAGGAUGUACCAGCUUUAUUGCAACAUGGUACAUAUAGUGAAAGAUGUAACACCGUCAGGCUUCUUCCAGAAAAGGAAGUCCAAAGAGCAUAGGAGAAAGAACAAGCACCCUAACGACCAAGUGCUGGAUAAAAGAGAGUGUACUGUGUUGGAAAAUCUGCCUUCAUACAGUAGUAACAAUAGAUUUGCAACAUUGACAGUAGAGAACUAAAGACACAUGACACAACUAUCAAGCCUCAGGUACAUCUGCCUUUACAAGAGAAAUUACAACUAUCAUUUUUGUAAUACCUGACAAAAAUCAGAAGUUAAAAUCAAGUGUUCAAUUGUAUAAGACAUGUCAAAAUUGUGCCAUUUAUUCCCAAAGUAUGGAGAAGAAGAUGCAGAACUUGCAUAUUAAAGGGCUAGGUCCCUCACUAUGGGUUACAUUGAUUGCUGAAUAUUAAGUAGUUAUACAAAUCUAUUCUUAAGGUUAAGACCCAGUACAGAUAGGCAAAAAGUGCCAUCCUCACACUCAAAAGUCCUCUCUGUGCUGCUCGGGCGCCAUCUUGGCAUGCAGCCGUUCAGACAGCACGCACAAUGACGUCCCUUCAAUGCUGCACCGAAGGGGCAUAAUCAAGCUGCCCGGCAGUGGCUGUGGCACCUCUUCGCGAGCACAAAAAGGAGCCAGAAAAACCGACUCCUUUCUGUGCUCUGCAGAGGCUGGAUUGGUGUCACUGUGUGCAUUUGCCACAGCACCGAUCCGGGUUAGAAAGAGGUGGCCCUGUCCAUUUGUACAGGGCUUAACUUUUUAAUCUAACUUUUAAUUGAACAGGAUCUCUAAAGUUGCAAUAGCAAUCAUCAAAAUAGAAGGGCCAUAAACUAUCAUACCAGUUAGAAAUACUGAUAGCAAGUCAAUUCACAUGUUCAAGAAUGUACUACAAAUUGUAUGUUACAUUAGCAAAAACACCUUUCUUCAUGCAAGGGUAAAAUCAAAUACUCCCAUUUAAGAUGGAAAAAAAUGUAAGCCCUUAAUAGUUGAAACAGGCUGGGAGGCAAAGAGUAUUAUACACGAGUAGAAAAGAUAGCCCUGUACAUACACAUAUGGAGGAGACUGUGAAUGUCUUGGCAAUGGUCAUGCUGCUUUUAAAUUUCUGGAGAAGCCUCCAGUCAUCAGACACGGGCAUUAUAUGUUCUUUAUAAAAAUGACUGAAGAUUGCUUGUAUCACAGAUGCCAAUGGAAUUCAAUCUCUCCCUUGCUCCAUCAGUUCCUUCAUUUGCAUUAUACAGUCUGCCCUCUGUAUCCGCGGACGUGUGAUCCACGGAUUUCAGCAUCUGAAUGGCAAGCCAUUAUUGGGGGGGGGGCAGCGGAGGAGGAGGAGGAAGAGAGUAAUCGCCUGCUGUGGUGAGCAACAAAGUCCGAGUGUUCCCAGUGGUGGCUGUGGUACCACUGAGGACAAUGGGAUUCAAGCAUCCAAUGGGGGGAUACUUUAUUACAAACAUACCAUAUAUACUCAACUACAGGUUAACGUCAUGUUCAAGUCAAAGGCAGGUUUUGUGUGCAGAAUUAUGGAUUUUGAGAGGACCCAUUGACAAGUCAAGGGUAAAACUUAGGAGCAUGUAACAAAAGAUAUAAAGGAUGAAGCAAAGGAAAAUAAUGCUAAAGAACUUAAAUUUCAGCAGGCUUAACUGUGUUCACUCUAAAGGCUAGAUAGUUGAAGACAGAUCUACCUCUACUAUUUUCCGACCCAGCCAUUCAAAUAGGCCCGAAGGAGCCCAUGCUUUUUUUAAGUGCUCCUGGAAUGAACUAAAUGUUCAGCCACUGCCACUCAACUCAGAGAAGGGAUGGUUCCUUUUUUAUAAGUGUAAAAGAACAGUACUUACACUGACCCAUGGAUAAGUCGACCCAGUUUUUUGGGGUCAAUUUUUGACUAAAAAUUCUAGACCUAUACUUGAGUAUAUACAGUAAUUCAAAAAGAGUACAUAAGAAGUUUUCUUUCAUUUAAAUAACACAUUUGAAAGGAAGUUCCUGUAGCUCUCCUAUGUUUUUGUAAUCCUUUUAGAAAUCCCGACUCUUUCAAAGGCUUAUUAAAAAAGAACAAGGAAAACACAGUGUGAUACUAAAGACUUUGAAAAUUUAAAAGCUGUCACUUGUGGUAAAGUUCAAAUGUCAUGAUGUGAGUUGUCUGGAAUUUAUACUGUUCAAUGCAAAAAGGCCUUUUGUUUGUUGCCAACAGACAAAGUUAUUGUUGAGAGAACUUUACAGUUUAGAAAAAACAGGUUGUUAAUGUUGGGCAAGUAAGAGAU